AUGGCUGCUGUUUCCAAAAAUGUUUCCUUUGGAAUUACAGGAAGCACCUCAUAUAUUAACGUACACUCUAUCACGCCUAAACACCUCCGCUACGAAGAAGCACACGAAUACAUGGACCUAUGCUACUCCCUCUGGGAAGGCUCCUGGGAAGACGGAGCGCAGACCUGGAAACGGCCAGAAGGAGCCUACGACCCCAACAAGAUCCACAAGAUCUUCUUCAACAGAAAACACCACAAGACGACUGCGUACGGAGCCACUCACCCCUCUCCCCAACGCACACCAGUUAUUUUCCAAGCUGGUGGAUCGCCGCAGGGAAAGAUGUUCGCGGCUAAACAUGCGGAAGCGAUUUUCUGCGGUGGACGAUCACCGGAAGAUAUCGCUAUCCUUGUGAAGGAAAUGAGGCAGAUGGCGGAGGAUCAGGGUCGUCCGGGCACAGAUCUCAAUUUCUUCCCAUCGAUGACCCCGAUUGUUGGGAGGACGGUCGAGGAAGCGCAAGCGAAGUAUGACAAGUACAAGACGAUGGUUGAUUGGGAAGGUGGCCUUGCAAAGUUGAGUGGAUACUUGAAUCUUGAUCUCAGUAAGUAUCCGCUUGACGAACCGCUUGAUUACAACGAGAUCAAGGAUGGGGUUGCGAUUGAAGGUGUUGGAACCAACGUCAAGAAAGACCCAGAGCCCCUUACCCCUCGCCAACUUGGCGAGCGGAUGGCUUUCUGUGGAGGCGGUAACAUGCCGAUUGGAACCCCAGAUAUGAUUGCAGAUGUCAUGGAGGAGUGGAUCAAUGUUGGCGAUAUUGAUGGAUUCAACGUUGCCUACAUCUCCAACCCCGAGUCGUAUGAAGACUUUGUCGAGCUGGUUAUCCCAGUCCUGCAAGAGCGUGGUAUUAUGUGGAAAGACUAUGCUGUCCCAGGAGGGACAUUCCGAGAAAACUUGCGACGCGAACCUGGUGUCAAGCGCGCUCCGUCAACGCACCCUGCUGCGAAGUUCAGGUACGAUGUGUUGAAGGAGAAGUAUGGGGAUGAGAAUGGUGAUAUUUAUAUUGAUCGCAACGCGGAGGAAGAGCUGGUGCGGAAGGUUAAUGGGGUCACUGUGAAUGGCACAUCGCACUAA